UGUAAUUCCGGUGAUGGCGGUUGAAUGCGAUUCAUACUGCAAAUGGAGAAGAUGGUGACUGUAUUAGAAACGUGAACGGUGGUGAUUUUAAGUUGUUUAAUCAAGCAUCAUUUAUAGUAACGCAUGCAAAACGGAAACACAAAGAAAAGAAGUUGGGAUCGACGUACGGCGUAGCUUUAAGCGCCGAAGAAUUUCUGUGCAGAAAAAGUUUGGACACUACAUAUCAUCAUGGGGAGAAGAUCAACUUCAUCCACCAAGAGUGGAAAGUUUAUGAACCCCACUGAUCAAGCCAGGAAGGAGGCUCGGAAAAGGGAGCUAAAAAAGAACAAGAAACAACGUAUGAUGGUAAGAGCAGCAGUUCUGAAAAUGAAAGACCCAAAGCAAAUAAUUCGAGAUAUGGAGAAGCUGGAUGAAAUGGAGUUUAACCCUGUGCAGCAGCCUCAGCUCAAUGAAAAGGUGCUAAAAGACAAAAGAAAGAAACUUAGGGAGACAUUUGAACGUAUUCUGCGAUUGUAUGAAAAAGAAAAUCCUGACAUGUACAAGGAGUUGCGAAGACUAGAGCUUGAAUAUGAAAGCAAACGUAGUCAGCUCAGCCAGUACUUUGAUUCUGUUAAGAAUGCAGAGUUAGUUGAAGUUGAAAGUAUCCCUCUGCCCGAUAUGCCUCAUGCUCCUUCCAGCAUCCUAAUUCAAGAUAUCCCUCUUCCUGGAGCUCAACCACCAUCAAUUCUAAAAAAAACAUCUGCAUAUGGGCCAUCUGGCAAAACAGUUUUGUCUUUGACAGUCCCACCACCAGCAGUAGGUGUACCUCGAUUGCCCCCUUUUAAAAAGCCUCCUGGCCCUCCGCCAGGACCACCGCCUUUACAAGUACUCCAAAUGUAUGGCCGCAAAGUGGGAUUUACUCCUCUCCAAAGCCACGGAGGUACCUAUAGAAGGGAGGAUGAAGGAGUAUUGUAUGACCCAGAGGCAGCUGAAAAUGAAAUGGAAGGUUUCCACUCAGAUGAUGAUGAUAUGGAAGUUGGUGGUCGGGGCGGAGGCAGUGGAGGAGAUAGCAACAGUGAUUCAGAAGAUGUGGAAGAUGACCGGACAGAUGAUGAUGACCGGGAUGGAGAAGGUGAUGAGGAGGAUGAUGAUGAAGAAAUUGAACUUAAGGAUGAUCUUGGGAGAAGUAUAAUUUCUGAUGGCAUCACAGAAAAACAAGGACGUAGUGUGCGCUUUGCUGAUGUUCAGGAGAAGUCGAAGAAAAGCCGAAGGAAGAAGAUUAAGGAGAUCACUCCUGUACAGGCUAUGAUGUUACGAAUGGCUGGUCAGUCCAUCCCAGAUGAAGAAGAGGAAGAAGAAGAAGAAGAUGAUGAGAAUGACGAGCAAGAAUACACAGAUGAAUCUGAGGAUUCUGACACAGAUGAACAGUCAGGUUCAGAGCUGCCUCCACAGCAGCAGCAGCCACCUCCACAGCAGCCACCUCCACCUCUUGGUCAACCACGACUUCCUCCUCCAGUUGUGCCUGGAGUUCCUACACAGCCACCUCCCUCACACAUGCAGGCCCCGCCAAUGCCUGUUCCACCUCCACUUGGACCACCCCCAGCUCCACCAAUAAGACCUCCAGGACCACCUACUGGGCCACCUCCAGGUCCACCACCUGGUGCACCCCCCUUCCUGAGACCACCUAUGCCAGGAAUGAGGGGUCCGCCACCAAGAUUGCUUCCUCCUGGCCCUCCACCUGGCCGCCCACCAGGACCACCUCCAGGUCCUCCUCCAGGUUUGCCACCAGGUCCUCCUCCCCGUGGACCUCCUCCUCGGCUACCACCUCCUGCACCACCUGGUAUACCCCCACCACGCCCCACAAUGCUGCGCCCCAUGGCUCCUCCUCUUGGACCUGCCCCCCCAGGUUUAUUCCCACCCCCUGUGAACCCAGGGGUGCUAAGUGCUCCACCCAGUUUAAUCCACCGGCCUAAAUCUGAUGAAAUUGGUGUAGACACCAGAGGAGCCACCAUUGAGAAACGGGCAACCACAAAUCUGGCCACUAUCAGUGCCAAACCACAGAUCACCAACCCCAAGGCAGAAGUAACCCGGUUCGUGCCCACUGCUCUGAGAGUUCGCAGAGAAAAACAGAUGGGAACUCCUAGUGUUCAGGCACUUAGGAAAGGAGAAGAAGAACAACUUCACUUGGCAGGAGUUGGUGCCACUAGCCAGCGAAGUAGUCAGGUUAGCGCUGGUGCUGCCAAGCCAGCAAGUAUCAGUGGCAAUCCUGUUAGCACCUCAGUAAUGGCCAUGCAGACCAAGGAUGAUGUCUAUGAGGCAUUUAUGAAAGAAAUGCAAGGACUACUAUAGGGGGGGGUUCUAUUUUUCCAUUGACUUGGACUUAAGUGUGGUCAUGAAGUGUAUUUAAUUGGUCUGCACUAAAUUUCAAUAAUAGAAACCGAACUCCUGUGUCUCAAUCUAAAGUCUUCUGAUGAUGUAUUAUACAAAGUGAGGCAGCUUUCCUUGCUGCAGUGGGUGUUCUGUAUGCUUCUAAUUGAUGUACAGAUAAAAAUAAACUUAUUUUUUGUAUUUUUCCUCAAGAUUUUUAAUAGUGUGUCAUUAUGGAUCAGUGAAAAUUGUUUGUUUUAAUUAGUUGUCUGUUUAAAACAUUAUGGUUUAUGGCUGUUGGUCCAUCAUUGUCUUGGCUGCCCUAACCAUAGGGUACUGGAUUAAUGUGACUUGGUCUCAUCAGUAGUCACAGUUUAAACUUUUAAGUAUGUUACAGCAGAUAUUCUUGCUAGUGUUUAUUUUUAUUUAGAACCGAUCACUUCUAGAUUUUUGAAAACUGUGCAGCUAUGUUUUCCUCGGAAUAUGGUAGGCAAAAAAUAAAA